UCUGGUAUUUACUGCAUGCAAACGCCGGGCAACGCAACCGCGAGACAUCGAGAGAACUACAAGUACCACCCACCACAGCGCACUUCGUGGAUGCCAGGUUCUUACGGGCUGGAAUGGAAAAGCACUUAUGAGGAGCUACGCCCUCUCCGGGUUCUACCCCUUGUAUCUGGCAACACUCACAUCAUCCACAGUGUCGUCACUGAGGUCAGUUCGCUCUCUCUACGUCCAUGUCCGUUAAAGGGCAGUGAAGAGGCGACGCUCGUGUGCGUGUUGAAAGAGGAGCCGCGGUCCAGGAGCGGCGUCAGGCACACAACUCCAGAGAAGUUCUUCAUUGAGGCCUGUGAUGAGGGGGCUGAUGCUGUGCUGGCAAUCGACAGGGUUUCAAAUGAGAUGACCCUUACAGGUAAAAAGGAUGUCCCUCCCUCAGCAGUCACCAAGCCUAUAUGUGGCAUCAUGGGAACCAUUCGCCUGGUAGCAGGGAUGUACCUGAUCGUUAUCACCAGGAAGAGGAAUGUGGGCAGCCUCCUGGGCCAUGCUGUGUGGAAGGCUGUGGAUUUUGACGUGAUCUCUUACAAGAAGACAGUGCUACACCUCUCUGAGAUCCAGUCUCAAGAGAAUAAGACCUUCCUGUCGAUGAUUAACAAUGUGCUGACUACAGACGGCUUCUACUUCUGCACUGACUACGACCUGACACACACUCUGCAACGGCUGGCCAACACCAGCCCUGACUUCCAGGAGAUGAGUCUACUGGAGAGGGCAGACCAGAGGUUUGUGUGGAACGGGAACCUGCUGAGAGAACUGGCUGCACAGCCAGAGCUUCAUAGGUUUGCACUUCCUGUUGUCCAUGGAUUCAUUGUCAUGAAGCCAUGUCGUAUAAACGGGAAGAUCUUUGAGUGGAUCCUCAUAUCCAGAAGAAGCUGCUUCCGGGCAGGUGUCAGAUACUACGUAAGAGGCAUUGACUCUGAAGGCCAUGCUGCUAACUUUGUGGAGACUGAGCAAAUAGUUUUGUAUGAGGGAGCAAAGGCUUCGUUUGUACAGACACGAGGUUCCAUGCCCUUUUACUGGAGUCAGAGGCCAAACCUCAAAUACAAGCCUAAACCUAUUAUCAGCAAAGCAACCAAUCGCAUGGAUGGUUUCCAGAGGCAUUUUGACUCUCAGCUCCUCAUCUAUGGGAAGCAAACCAUUCUCAACCUGGUGAAUCAGAAGGGCUCAGAGAAGCCACUAGAACAGGCCUUUGCCAACAUGGUGUCAGGCAUGAACAAUGGUAUGCUCAAUUACAUCGCCUUCGACUUCCACAAAGAGUGCAGCCACAUGCGGUGGGACCGUCUGCAGAUCUUGGUGAAUGCUGUCACUGAGACACAAGAUGAAUACAGUUACUUCAUGGUGAGCUCUGAGGGGAAGACUGUGGCCCAGCAGAGAGGAGUCUUCCGCAGUAACUGUAUGGACUGCCUGGACCGGACCAAUGUCAUCCAGAGUCUGCUGGCUCGACGCUCCCUGCAGUCUCAGCUCCAGAGAAUGGGGGUUCUGAAUGUGGGCCAGCAAAUCGAAGAGCAGGCUGAGUUUGAAAAGAUCUACAAGAAUGCAUGGGCUGACAAUGCCAAUGCUUGCGCAGUUCAGUACGCAGGAACUGGAGCCUUGAAAACAGACUUCACAAGGACAGGGAAGAGGACGAGAUGGGGGCUGCUGAUGGAUGGCUGGAACUCCAUGAUCCGCUACUACAAAAACAACUUUUCUGAUGGAUUCAGACAGGAUUCCAUUGACCUGUUUCUGGGUAACUUUGCUGUCGAGGAGUCAGAUGGACCCACUCCCCUUCGUGUGCAGAAGGACUGGAAGUUCCUCACGCUGCCCAUCAUUAUGCUGGUUGCAUUUUCCAUUUGCAUCGUAUGUCUUCUCAUGGCUGGUGACACAUGGACAGAAACGCUGGCAUACGUGAUGUUCUGGGGGGCUGCUAGUGCCAUUACAGCCACUAGCAUCUUGUUUAAUGGCGCAGACUUUGUGGAUGCCCCCAAACUGGUUCACAAGGAGAAGAUGGACUGAGUGACGGUGUGGGUUUGCGUGUAUGAGGAGCUCCUGGGUCCAGCAGACUCAUAUACCUCGUCAUCGUCACAGUCUACUGCCCCACGUCUGGUAUCUAGACCCAUUUGCUGCCUCCACGCUGCCCUGAAGACUUUCUCAUCCACAACUGUUACUCUACUGUCAUUCUCUACUGCACAUACGACUUUCUUCAGUGGUACUGUGCACACUCCUUUACAUGGUUUACAUUCCUCAUAUGUGUCUUUAGGUUGCUGCUUUGUUGGGGUUCAUUUCUUUCCAGAGGGUCUAUGAUGGGAGUAAGCUAUCUCACUACUGCUCAUUUUUGUAUUUGUUAACCAUUUUUAACAAAAUUCUGUAGAAGAGGAUCAAGGCCAUGUGAAUAUUUUCUUUUUUUGGUAAAAUGGUAAAAAUGGUCUGUAUUUAUACAGUGCUUUUCUAGUCUUGAUGACCACUCAAAGCGUUUUACAGCACAAGUUAAAGAAAAAACUUUUACUCUCUGGGGGGAAUGCAACAAUAUUGAUGUGGUGUUAAAAAAGGUUGUGUACAGGGUAGUAUCAGAGUUUGUGCUGCUAGAAAUAUGAUUGAUAAGAUAAGAAGUUAUUGAAAACCAAAUCCAAAAGAAUAAGUGAACAUUUAAAUGAAAUAUGAAAGUUUAUUCAGAUAGCAACUUUAAGAACACAUUUACAAGUUGUGUAAAUAUACAAUAUACAAUACAAAUUGACUCACUGUCAAAGGAUGGAAAAUCAAAGUGGAUACAUUCACAAGUUGUGUAGUAUCUCAGAGUUGAAUGAAAUUUGUUCAUUUUUAAAUUAUUGAUUAUUGUAGUUUUAAAGAUUGUCAACUUAAUUGAUUAUAUUCAUCACAACAGAUGAUUGUUCCCUCAAUGUCAAAAAACAUUUAGACAUGUGGCACUUAAACAUGCACAUACUGAAAGGGUAUGUUGUAUCUCAUUGAUGAAUGGAGCACAAUGUUGCACAAUAACAGAGUAUGAUGAUUAUGCUUUGUUAAUGGCUCAGUGCUUUCCUUACCAUCUUGUUGUUAUACUACCAUGAACUGUGCUGCCUGCAGACAGCUCCUAAAGAUGUGUCCACUUGUAUGGAGAGUUAAUACACAGGAGUGUUUUGUUGUUGCUAGUUUUUUUUUUUUUAACCAAGAUUCAGACGUCUAUACAGCUCAGCCCACAUCAUCGAUUAGUUCAGUGAUUCAAAAAGGUCUACUCAGGUCUGCUCAUUCAUGUUUUUUUUGUUUGUUAAAAGUGGUUGGAGAAGCAAUUGAUCAUUUAGAACAUGUAGGAAGGAUGAGGACGCCUUCUUCCAAGUUCUCUAUUUAGCUACUUAGUUACAGUAGUAGCCCGGUCAGAACGUAGUUGACAGGCGUGGAAGAGGUCGACACAGACGUGCAGGGUGUGAUAACUCCACUAAAAACAUAAGAGCUCUGUAAUUGUCACUUUUUCUUGAUUGGCUUGACAAAAGUUCUUUGCUUUUCGAGACCAGUACCACAGUUUUGAGGUUGACUGAAAAUGAGGUUACAUUGAUAAAACUGUUUUAUUCAUGCUGUCUACCACAGUGUCUUUUUAAACAAUUAUCAAACUUAAUCACUGGUAGGGGGAGCCAGAGUUUAGUUUUUUAUCAAACACAUUGUGGCUUUGAAUCUGAUUUAACCCAAGUUAUCAGAUGAAGCUCUGUGGUCAUCAGGAUGCUCAAGUGGUGAAAGGAAGUUGGCCUGCACAUUACGUUGUUACUAUGACAACGGUUAUCUGGCUUUAUAUUAAAAGAUAAUUCAUUCAAUGUCUCGUCGUUCUUGAAAGGUUUUUGUAGAUAAUUAUAUUAUGGUCAAAGCAGAUACGUUUAUCUUGAUAACGAGUUACAAUAAUUACACUGAGUUCUCAGACACAAAAACUAAGACGUCAGCAUUCAGGGUCAGGCCUCCAUAUUCAGCCACGGUUUCCUCUGGUUCAGUUUCCUGUUUCCUCACAGAGGUUUGGUUUGACUCUCCAAUUUAGUUUCCUGAGUGGAGCUCCUGUCUUGUAUCACUGCCUUACACACCUGCUCAGUGCAGACGACGCAGACAUUUAAACCUUUCAUAUUAUCAAGAUGUGGUUGGGCUUUGAAACUGUCCUCUGCUGUUGAAUGUUUCACCCUCUCUUCUUGGUCUGUGUGUGUGUGUGUUGAAUCAUCUCAAACAUUUACAUACAUCAGACCAUUCCAACACUCUGCUGACGUUGUUUUAGAUCAAGGUCGAAGGAGGUUUAUUUUGGUAAUCUUACAUGAGAUAAUUUGUAUACAAUGACCCACUGUGACAAAAUAAAAUAACUGAAGUAAUUUGUGUGACCAGGGUAGUAACAGCUUGUGCAAACAAGAUGAAAUGGUGUGUGAUUAGUUAAUAACAUGUGGAAAACGUUUGGACUUCAGCACACUGUACUUACUACUUACUUACUACUUACCCAUGGUUUUCAUUAUAAUGGACUUGUAUGUUUAGUUGUUGUGGGCCUUGCAUUAGGAUUUCUUUCCUUGUUUUUUUUUUUGCCAAACUACUUUUCACAAGCUCCAGAAUGAAAGUUCACUCUCAUAUGUAUAUCUCAGUGCAGGAUAAAUCUGUCUCAUGGGUCCUUGAAAUAUCUGUAUAAUUCAAAUAAGAUUUUUAUUCAACAGAUGUACUACAUACAAUUAUAUUGGUUUAAGACUUGGGCAGUCAGCACCUUAUUGACAAGUUUGGAAAUUGUACCCUAAAAUCAUUAUACUGAGAAAACAUCAUGUGCAGAUGUAUGAAUGUUACACAGCGAAACACUUCACUGUGGUUUUCUCUUGGAUGUGGUGAUUAUACCUCAUAUAGGCUUAUGUUUCCCAUCUAAACCGGAAUCAGUAAUUGAUCAAAGAAUCUAAUUCAUUUAGAAGCAGGCCUUUAUUUUGUUGUUACAAGUUUGUUUAUGAGGUCACAACCCUGUGCAGGAUGGCUGAUGAUAAAUUUAUAUCUGCAGGUUGAUCAUUGUCACAUAUUCGAAUCACUGGGGUUAUAUAGGUAUAAAGUUAUCAAUUUAAAAAUAAACAAUAUUUAAAAAAUCUUCGAAGGUGUUGGAAGCCAGAAUCAGUUGUUUAGUUUGCUGUGGAAUAUGUAAAUUCUUUUCUGUUUCUCCUUAGCACUUUUCAAUGCUCUUCUUCCGGAAGUGGACUUCAAUCAGUUGUUGUGAUUGUCAAUAAACUUCAGUUAACACAGA